UUUCUUCAGAAGAAUAGAAAAAAAUGGCCGAUGAUGGAGUCAAUCCGAAGGCCUAUCCACUCGCCGAUACCCAACUUUCGCAGAAGCUUCUUGAUCUUGUGCAGCAAGCUAUGAAUUAUAAGCAGCUCAAGAAGGGGGCCAAUGAGGCUACUAAAACUCUGAACAGAGGAAUUGCUGAGGUCAUCAUCAUGGCAGCGGACGCAGAGCCUUUGGAAAUCAUUCUCCACCUUCCGCUGCUCUGCGAAGAUAAGAACGUUCCAUAUGUUUUUGUUCGAAGCAAAGCUGCUCUUGGACGUGCUUGUGGCGUUACCCGUCCCGUUAUUGCCGUAUCCAUUACUCAGAAUGAAGGAUCUCAGCUAAAAUCUCAGAUUCAGAAGCUCAAGGAAGAUGUAGAAAAGCUUCUUAUCUAAUCAGUUGUUACUUGUUACUUUCGUGUUGUGUACUUUUAUUGUUACUUUGCAUAGUUAUUUGUUG